AUGGCCAGCUCAGGGACUGACGUCCACUGGGCUGAACCCAGCCUGGGGAAGGGGCCCCCGCGACGGCGCUGGGCCUGGGCCAAGGGGAAGGAUACGGCUGGAAGUGGCACAUAUGGCUGGGGGGCAGAGGGGCCCUUUCCGGAUGCCACCAGCCCCAAGCUCCUGGAGGACUUCCGCCUGGCCCAGCAGCACCUUCCGCCCCUGGAGUGGGACCCAGACCCACAGCCUGGUGGGCAUCAGGACUCUGAGUCAGGAGAGUCUUCUGGAGAAGAGACUGAAGCAGAGGAUGUGGACAGCCCAGAAAGUUCCACCUUGCCUCUCAACUGGCUCCCCCAGCAGGAUCAUCAAUCUGACAUGACUGAAGAGGAGCCAGAUGAGGCCCUUGGAAGUCCUGAGGCUGAGGAAGCUGGAGAAAGCUUCUCAAGGCUGGCGUAUGAGGCUGGUCUCAGCUCAGAGGGCAAUGGAAACACCAGCUCCUCAGCUCUGGGACAGGGUCAGAGCAGAGGCUGGGCAAAGUCUGACAAACGAGCCAGUGGAAACAAUCUUUCAGAACAUUCUGGGGUCAAACCAUCUGUAGAUCUCAGCCCACCAAGGUCCUGGAGCAGUGGGACUGUGAGCCUCAGCCACCCUAGUGACAGCCUUGAUUCUAACUGGGAAGGAGAGACUGAUGUCCCCCAGCCCACUGCCCUAGCAGAAACCUUGCCACAGAGCCCCAGCCACCACCUCCUAAACCCAGAGGACAGAAUGGGAGGCUGCGUUGCUCGGGCAACACCCACGGAAUUCCAGGACUCUUCAGUACCCCCAGCCCAGAGCCCCCAGUGUGCUGCAGACAGAUGGAGGAGAGAAACAAUCAGCCUCACCUGCUCUCAGCCCAAGGACCAAACCUGGAAGCGGAUGAAGAUAUCACCUAAGCCACUCCCUUCCCGAUUCACUGGCUCCAUCGGCCCCCUGGAUCCUCGGCCUAGGCCACCCUGGCAGGACAGGUCACUACCCAGACAGGGAGCCACCCUGGCUGGACACUCCUCUUCUGAUGCCCCCAAGUAUGGCCGGGGGCAGCUGAACUACCCGCUUCCUGAUUUCUCCAAGGUGGGACCCCGGGUGAGGUUCCCCAAAGACGAGAGCUACCGCCCCCCCAAGUCCAGGAGCCACAACAGGCAGCCUCAGGACCCUUCCAAGCCUGUGAUCUUCAAGUCACCGGCUGAGAUUGUGCGGGAGGUGCUGUUGAGCAGUGGAGAAGCAUCCCUGGUAAAGGACCCACCUCCUGCCCACCCUGUCACCAGGGUACCCCAAGAGUUUCAGACGCCCAAACAAGCCACAGAGCUGGUUCAUCAGCUCCAGGAGGACUACCACAAGCUCCUCACCAAGUAUGCAGAGGCCGAGAACACCAUCGACCAGCUGCGCCUCGGGGCCAAGGUGAACCUGUACUCUGACCUGCCCCAGCCCAACCACAGCAUCCACACAGGGAUAGUGCCCCAGGGGACCAAGGUCUUGUCCUUCACCAUCCCAAAGCCCCACUCAGUGGAAUGGAAGCCAGGCCCCACCAAGGAUCCCCAGGCCUCUGAGGCUUCAGGGUGGCUGCUGGCCCAAGGAGACCUGAGCCCCUCCUCGCCCACGAGCACGCCCACCCCAGCAUGUCUUCUGGAGAACCACGGCAUCGCCAAGGACCAGCCCUCAGCAGAGCAGACCCAGGCGCUGGCUUCUCAGGCCAGCCGAUUCCUGACCAGGGUGGAGUCCUUUGAAAGACUGAUGCAGGUGGGACGUCUGACACCCCGGGACCAACUCAAGGGUUUGCAGUGGCUAAAGGCUGCCCAUGUGGCCCUAGAGGAGGAGUACCUGAAGGUCUGCCGGGAGCAGCACCUUGCCCAGCAGCUUGCCGGCUCCAAGGGGACGCCUGGGAAAUUUGAUCCUGGCAGGGAGCUAGAAGCAGAAAUAUACCGUCUUGGAAUUCGCCUGGAAGAGCUGAAGGACCACGUGACCCAGACCCAGCAAGAGCCUGAGCCAUCCAGGUCAGACUCAGCUGUGGACAGUGCCCCAGCCAUGCCUGCCCCCCACCAGCCAAAGUGCCUGCCUGCUCCUUCAGGACAAGCCCCCACGCCAGCCAUCCAGACCCCCUACCCUGAGCCCAGCACUGCCGGUGCUGUCCCCUGCCCAUUGCCCAUGACCAUGGAGGUGAGCUCUGGCAGCAGUGAGGUGGAGGACAGGCCACAGAACCACCCGGCCCCUCUCAGGCACAAGGAACUGCAGGUGGAGCGAGAUUUCCACGGCCUCCUGGAGCGUUAUCUCAGCGCAACAUCCCUCCCAGAAGCCAUGAGCAUGGAGGAGGAGGAGGGCCACACCCUGGAAGUUGAUGGGCUAGCUCCAGCUCCAGGGAAAGCAGAGGCCACCAGUGUUCCCCCAAGGCAGCACCCAGCACAGGCUCAAAGAAGUCGUGGGGCCUCCUUCGAGGAGGCUGAGGAGCAGAUGGUGUCCCUGAAGCCACCAGGUUUCCAGACACCUGCAGCCAGAGACGGGCACAUGCCAGGCCUGGACAAGGCCGAUGCCGCUCCUCAAGGCCCUGGCAUGCCACCACAGUCUCCAGGCACCAAGUCCAUGGCAUCCCACCAGAGCAGUACAACCAGCCUGGAGGGCAGUGGCAUCUCUGAGCGCCUUCCACAGAAGUCUUUGUGCCAAGCUGGCGGGCCCCACCUGGAGGAGCCCUGGAUAGCAUCUCCAGAGACAGACAGUGGCUUUGUGGGCUCAGAAACCAGCAGAGUGUCACCCGUCACCCAGACCCCAGAGCACCGGCUCUCCCACAAUAGCAGCCCGGGAACAGUAGCCCAGCCCUUCCCUGCAUCUGUGCCCUGCGAUGGAGCCUCCCACCCCAAGGCCAGGUGCUCUCUCGUGCCCAGAAGAGCCGCUGUGCCCAGCAUACCCAGGAGUCGGAUCCAGAGAUACCUGUCCAGCUCAAGCAGUGCUCUUUGGCAGAGGGCACCCAGCUGCCACCCAGAGCGGGCAUUGGUGGCCGAGAUGGUGGUCUCCAGCUCAGAAUCGGAGGGGCUACAGCGGAUUUCUGAACAGCUCCUCCCCAGCAGGACAACCAGCCCACCCCCCACCCUGGCCCCUGCAGCUGCUCCUCUGCCCCACAAGCCAACAGAGACCAACCCGGGCCUCCUCCUCACCAGAACAGGGCGAGACCAGGCCAUCCGCGAGCUGCAGGAAGAGGUGUCCCGGCUCCGUGUGCGGCUAGAGGACAGCCUGCACCAGCCACACCAGGGCAGCCCAACUCGCCCAGCGUCUGCCUUUGACCGCCCUGCCCGGACUCGGGACCGGCCAGCGGAUUCCUCAGCUACCUGGGGCUACCACUAUGGCAGUAAAUCCACAGAGAGAUUUUCCUGUGAUUCUGGAGGUGGAGAGAGAGCUGUCCGUGCAGGAAGGCGGCAGGCCAGGUCCUCCUCGGUGCCUCGUGAGGUGCCCCGACGGUCCCUGAGUUCAGAAUCUGAGUCGCCUUCCCCCCGGCUGUUCUCUGUGAAGAGCAGGACCACCGAGGACAGUCCCCAGGCAGCUCGGGACAGAAUGAGAGGGAUGGGCAGUGCUGGAAGGCCAGACAGGGUCACCUUCCGGGGCCAGUACACAGGCCAGGAGUACCAGGUUCUGUCCCCCAAGGCUGUGCUGAGAGGCAGUGACACAGUUUCCUGUCCCCACUGCCGGCCCAUUAUGGCCCAGGAUACAGGUAGUGCUGCCACCAGUGACCCCCUGGGACCGUCUCAACCUGACACCCUCCAGUGUCCCCUGUGUGGUCAAGUUGGGUUCACCUCAGAGGGAGAUGCCCCAGGCUCAGCCACCUCUGGGGCAGAAAAGACUGCCACAAGGAGAAAAGCACCUUCAACUUCCAGCCCCAAGCAGAGGAAGAAGCAGGUGGGGUCUCCACCGCGGCUGCCCCCUGGACUGUGGUAUCUGGCGGCUGCGCCCCCAGCACCAGCCCCUGCGGCCCUUGCCUACAUAUCCUCGGUACCCGUCAUGCCUUAUCCGCCGGCCACUGCGUACUAUGCACCCCCAGGACCUACCUCAGCCCAAUCAUCCACCGAGUGGCCCCCCACAGCCUCCUCCCGGCCACCUCCAGCCCGGGGACACCGGCACUCCAUGCAGCUCGACCUGGACGACCUGGAGGAGCUUCACAAGGCCCUGCGCCAAGCCGUGCAGGCUGCCAAGAGCAUCCGCUGUGCCACCAAGCAGAUG